AUGGAAGACCGCAACUCCGUGGCGUCUAGCGUCUUCUUCACCGGCGUAUCUCUCGUCAUCGAGAAGGAGAAGCUGCGUCAGCACUUCGAGUCCAUCGGCCAUGUCGUGAACUUCACCAUCUUCGGCCCGGCGCCCGGGAAGGACUUCCGCUAUGGCAUCGUCGGAUACAUGGAUGAGAGGACAGCGGAGGAGGCUAUUCGCCGCCUUGAUGGCACCACCUUCGGCGAGCGUGCGAUGCGGGUGACGGCGGCACGCAGCACCACACUUCACGGACCGGUCCGUGCAGGUCCCGGCGGCGGCGGCAGUGGACCCGCUGAUCAUUCCACCUUUCGCAAGCGGCCGCGAGAGCCGUAUCCGUCUCCGUACUCAUCACGUCCGCCUUAUGGUACUGGAAUGGGCCGUGGCGGUGGCAUGCGUGCUCCGAUGGCGCGUGCUCCGCUCUCUGCACAACAGCAACAGAAACAGGAGCGGUCACAGCAGCCAACCACAGACAAGGCCAGACGAGAAACGAUGCAGUUCCCGCGCUUCUACACGGAUCCGAUUCUCGGCCGCGACGGUUCUCUCGUACUUGACGCACUGCGUGGCAUGGCAACAGAGGAGGCGUACUCGGCUGUAGAGCAGCUGCGCGUGCUGGCGUUGGAGCGUCCAAACGAGGCAAAGUGUCUGCUGCACAACAAUCCGGCGCUGAAGUCGGCGGUAAUCAUGACGCUGCAACACGCCGGGCGAAUCCCAUUAGGCUCGCUGCCUCGUGAUGCGUACCGGUCGCGAGGGGCUGUGGAGGCAGAGGCGGAGCUAGCGCAGCCACGGUCACCCCAACAACCGACGUCGUCGCAGCAGCCCGUCCUGCAAACGCCACAGCAGACGCCGCAGCAGCCCCCGUCAGAGUCACCGAAGCCGGCCAAGAAGGAGGCGAAGUCGGCGGCCAAAAGUGGCGAGGCGCCCGGUGCCCGCAAACGCGAUGCCGCCACCGGUAGCGCUUCUUCGGCGGCUGCCCCCUCCGGGUCUCAGACGUCGCUUGUGGCACCAUCAACCCCGAUGACAGAGGCGGAGCGCGAUGAGGUACUGGAGCUCAUUCAAAGCAUGAGCGAGGAAGAUGUGGAGCGGGUGCUGACCAUGUCGGCGCGCGACUUUGCGCGGGUGCCGGAUCCAGCGCAGCGGAAGCAGCUGGAGGUGCUCCAGAAGCGGCUUUUGGAGAUGUCUCAAGAUUUAUGA